AGACGAAACACUUACACGACGCAUCUUGCAGACUGUCCCUCUGCGGCACAGGCCCCCGUGCAUCUCCGUCUUCUUUCCGCCGAUUAGGUGCAACUACCUUGUAGUAGCAGCACGAGCUCAGGGCAUCCUCCUCAGUGGACAAAAGGCCCCAGAUCCUGACUCGAUCACCCGCCCCAAUACUACCUACGUACUACCAGGCCUUGCUCGACCCCCAGCAGCGCCACCUACCCCUGCGGGCUCGUCCGAGGAUCGCCUUCGCUUGCGCCAUAUUCCCUCUCUGGGUUGGGUUGCGGCAUCAGGCGACCCAUGCCAUCCUGGAACCAACCGAUCAGCCAGAAAUCGCUUGUUGUUUGGCCAUCACGGUCAUCUCCACAGCUUCGCGCAGAUGCACCAAGCGUGCAUACGUAACGUACGAAGUAUGCGCCGCCGUGUCCGCCAACCACGUUGCGCUUGACUUGCGUGUGGCCUGGUCAUAUACCUACUCUGCCUUGGACCCAUCAGACACGUCGGUUCGACGGGUUGAGUUGCCAUGUGCAUCUACGUACUGCAAUGACUCUCAACCUGGCAUGCGUCUGACCCGCGCGAUUCCUCCCUGCAGCAACUCGUUUCCGCCUCACGGAUGCAACAAGCACGAGACAGGAAGAUUGUCGUUGGCUGUGAUGCCAUCAUAUGCCCCCCUCAGGGGUACUAGAAACUCAUCGGUGUGCAUGUGCGCUUCCAAGGUGCAGGCAUGUCCUACUGGCCAACGAAGCUACAUCAUAACUACUACGUACAGUAUACGUGUAAGCGCUUCUCUCGGCAAGAUAAUGCCACUGUUUGACGCACCGGUGCUCGCUUGCUAUGUGCUGUUAAUUAGUAUCAGUCAGUCCCAAGGCAACGGAAACCGCCCGGCUCUGUGUCUCAGCUCUGCCUCUCCAUUUCAGCCGCACGCUGGCGUGACCGGCAAUUUGGCAUCGUCUCAAUGCUGUCAGGUGUACCAAGUGCAUGUCCGGCCUUGACUGCACAACAACGUCCCACCCCGGCAGGCAGGAUCUUUGGUUUGGUGUCUAUCGCCUCGGUGUCCAUCGUGGCAGCCCAACACCCCGGCUCAAACAAGUGGGCGACACGUCCCUCACUGUCAGUCUGCAAUUACUCGUUGCACAGGUUGGCAGGGCUGAUGGGUCAUUCAAACGCAUCCUGGUGCCAACACUCAUACCAUGGGUGCUCCUUGGAUGCCAUGGUCAAAGUCAAGCAGUUCCCAACGUCCUGCAAAACCUGCUUUUUUCUUUCGGCGCUCGCGACACAAGUCGCCGAUGCGAAUGUGUUCGCCUGCGACUUCAGGGCUUGAGAUCUUGGCUUCUCAACGUCCGCCACUCAGAGCCUACAUACUUGCAGCAGAAAACAACGUCAUUCGCUCCGCCGGCCCGGCGUCCUUUCAGGGUACGGCCACGGCUCCAUCAGCAAUGUAAUCGCUCUGCUUUGUAGGGCGGCAACGUUUCGUCCGCUGAGGCCAAGUCGCGAAGCAGGGCCCUCCGGUGUCUAGCGCUAGGUCCAUCACACCGCGACCUAAUUAUGUGUCGUACAGUCGUACUACCUGUUUUAGUAGUUUCUCUCCAUCCGGGGUACAGGAACGACCGACAUAACUAAGACACGGGGCGGUAGGAGACGACGGGCAUGACAUAUGGCUCGAUCGAUCGACAAUCCACUCCCAAGGACACGUCGGAGAUCUCGCCCCUGAAGUUUACAGCGGUCCCGAUGCGACAAGGCCCACGGGAACCACGGCUGCGCAACAUACCUACAUGUGCGCAAGCAACCAUGCUCGAGCUGUGCGGACGCUAGUAUCGCGCACGCGGUUUGUCAGUGCCACCAAGUAUAUACUGUGGCCGCACAUGCUAUACUGUACAGUAGUAGCACUACUACUAUCCCAUCUCGUACAAUACUUGUCGACAGGCGCUUGUUCUGUGCGUUUCCGCCAUAGGCCGCAGGCUCGGCGCCACCCCGCACUCACAUCAUGGACAGCACACACGAAAACUAGGCACUCCCCGCCCGGAAGCCGGACUUUCGGCGUGUCCCACUAACACCGGCCGAGGCGAGCCUCCUGAUCGAAUGCGUGUUGCCUGUCUGCUUCAGAUCCAACGGGCUUGCAUGCCGGUUGCUGCUAAUUGCUCCUUCGGUUGCCCGUUUUGCUGUUGGCUCGAACCGCACCGCACUCGCGCCGCGCCGCACCGCACCGCACCGCACCCACGCGCGCGGGAAGCCUUUCCUUGUCGAGGCCCCAAUGUCCGCUCCGCAUUGCGCCGCCAACGGCCUCUUUUGAUCUUAUCGCCGGCCGUGCGGUGGCGGCUCCGAGGCUGGCCGGAGGCAAUCCACCGCUCCUCGCUCAGCAGCGGAUAUACGAAGGGAAAUGGGAAACAAGAAACAGGGGGGAAGAAAACAAAAACACCCUGUGCACGCUGCACAUUUUGUAUCCGUGCCUGCCGCCUGCGGACCAGGUGAUCGUGUUGGUUGCAACGGCCCGACUUGUUAUAAAAUACGGGGGAAAAGAGAUGCCAUCAGAAACGACGAGGCAGAGAGCCAUGCAUCAGAGCAAGACACGCCACGCCCCCCUGCCUGCCUUUGCCCUUUUCGCUCCGCGACACCCCACCACGGCGCCGUUCACUCGGGUUGCCACCCAGCCCCCGUCCGUCCGUGGGUAGCCAUUCCAAGACAUCAGCGCGCACACCGCCGUCGCCGUCGCCGCCGCCGCCCACGAUGGCUGUCUAGAACCAAGGGGGAAGGGAAGGAGGGGCGGCGCCGGGACGAACGCCCGAACAAACGAGCGACGCAAAGUACCAAGGUACGUACAGUAUACGCACGUAGUUAGAGUAGCGAAAUUCGAUGUGGAAACAAACGCACGUCUGUCGCGGGCCCCCCGUCGGUACGUCCGGCUUGCGACGCUGUUCCCGUCCUGUACGUACGUACGUGCUGCUGCGCGCCCGUUCGGUCGACUCCCGAGCGUGCAACGACACAACGACGUGGGGAGGGAGCGACGGAGAGAUCUUCCCGAGGACUGUCGCACAACGGCCCGACGCGUUUCGUCGUCUUCCCUCGUGAGCAGCUCUUACAUGUCUGUGUCUGUCUCAACGAGACCCAACAAGCUUCCCUCGUCAUAAAGCAUCCCGUGGGAUUAUGAGCUAGAACACACCUCUGUAUAAGCCUACAUAAGCAUUUGGAGGAAGGCGCAGUCAUCAGCCUUCCUCGACGUGAGAUUACGCAACUCACACAAAUCGUUCGAGGCGACGACCCAUCAUCAAAGCCACGACAACUCUUUGCAGGCGGCCAUGUGCUGCUGCAACUCGUCGAGCGAUGCUCUACUAUUACUUUACUCGACCUCUUGCAAGACACAAUGCUUUAAAAUAACGGCCAACAUGCCAGCCGCUCGUGCUGUCUCGAAUCCCCGAGCCCGCCGGACCUCUGACCCUCACACCCACAUCUCCAACCUCGUCUUUGAACGACCCCAUGUGGGAAGCUCCUUUGCCCGAGGGAUUUUGACAUCUGCGCUGCUGAUAACAACAUGAAGCCCCUCUACCGUCUCUGCCUCAAUCUCCCGCUCGUUGCUCCCCAGGAUGCGAAACUCUAACGUCUCGCUGAGGAACGGUACCACUGCAGUUGGUGACAAAUCUGCAAUGUACCCCGCUGCGACCAUCUUCAUCACAGCCGAGGUCAACGGCAAUGCCCCCGAAAUCUUGGACUGUGACCCGUUGGUGUGCUUCAUCGAAAACAUGCCCACGGAGCCUGCCAAGUUCUGAGCCGAUUCCCAAUCGAGCGCAUUUGGUGGCGGCUGCCCCAAGAAAAAAUAGACCGAGUAUGAUCCAUCAACAGCCUCUGUGUUGACGCGAACAUUGGCGGUCCAUUCUGUAUACCCGCCGUUCUUGAUCAGGCGUGCGCUCGAGGGGUUUUGAGCGCUCAACUGGAUGUUUGGUCUGAAAGCACCGCUUUGGACGCCCGCUUUGGCGGCAUGUCCUAAAGGCCUCGGCUGACCACCUCCGUGCUGAGCGAUUGCCAUUUGACCGAGGGGGCUGGACGAGCCGUACCACUUGUUGAUCUUGUCGAUUAGUGAGUGGCGGAUGGCAUCCUCAGAUCCGCGAGAGGGGUCAGUAUCUGCAUACGUAUAGCCGAAUACCUCUGUGAUCCUCGACAUGUCGGAGUCCCAGAACGUGCCAUCUGAGGCGAAGUAGAAUGGGGUUAGGGGUGUCUUGGAUGUUUGGAUCGUUCCCUUGAUUGCAGUGAAUGUGGUCUCGCCCGCUGGCAUCGGUGUGAUCCACGCGGACGGGUUAAGCAUCUGCCAUAUGGCUAUGAGACGAUCCGUCAUAAUAUGGUGAAAGAAAAACAAAGGAUCAAAGGCGGACAGCGGGACAUAUGUCAUGUGGCCCUUGGAUCCGCCGUAUAUGUGAAUCAUGUCAUGUAUGGACUCGAUAGAGUCCAUCAUUGAUAGACCUUGUGAUGGGGCCCAGGCCUUGUUGCUGAAUGCAUUAUAGUCAUGGUA